UGGCUCAAAGAGAGCAGCGACCUCGUGGAUAUCUGAGUCUUCACCAGCACAUCGAGAGAGACAGAGAGAGAAGCAGCUGACAGGACGACUCAGGAGAAAGCAAAGAUGCAGUGGAUUCAGUUCGUGCUGAUUCUGAUGGGUCAGUGUUCCUUCUUCACAUGUCACCUCUAUGAGUACCACUUCAUUCAAGAGGGAAAGACCUGGGAUGAAGCCCAGAGUUAUUGCAGAGAGCAUUUCACUGACCUGGCCACAGUGUCUGACAUGAGAGACGUGGAGAGACUGCCUAACUCUUCACAGACUACAGACGCCUGGAUUGGACUGAGGAGCAUCAAAGAAAAAAGUAUCAAAGAGUGGCACUGGUCUCUGUCGGGGGAGAAGUACAAUCCUACAGAAUGUGAACCAGGAUGUGCGCCUGAAUGGGGUCGAAAUCCAGAUCAGCCGAGCAAUGGAGGUGUCAAUCCAGAGAACUGUGUGGUGAUUAGGGCCCAACAAAAAUGGCACGAUGUCUAUUGUCCUGAAAUCCAUAAGUUUAUCUGCUACAAUGAAACAGGGCAACAGAAAUACUUUGUAAUUGAUGAACCUGAACUGAACUGGCUUCAGGCUCAGAGCUACUGCAGAGAACAUCACACUGACCUGGUCAGUGGAAUCACACACAUCAAUUCAACAGAAUUCAACCAACGGGUCAAAGAAUUCACUGAUCACCAUGGCUCUCCUGACUUGUGGAUCGGUCUGUUCAGAGACACCUGGAGUUGGUCAGAUGGGAAGAAUUUCUCUUUCAGACACUGGGAUCCGGACUCAUCUAAAGAUGAAGCCAAAAAGACUUGUGCUAUGACUACGCCAAAUGGAAAAUGGAGCUCCGACAUCUGCACAGAGGAAAAACACUUCUACUGCUAUGACGAUAAAGUGAUCCUGAUCAAUGAGAGUAAGACUUGGGAUGAGGCCCUGACUUACUGCAGAGCGAAGCACCGUGACCUGGUCUCCAUCACUGACAGUCACCAGCAGAGAUGGGUCCAAGAGAGAGCCAAGAUGACCGACACUCCCGUCUGGCUGGGAAUGCGCUACACCUGCACUCUGGAUCUGUGGCUCUGGGUCAAUGAUCGUCUGGUCUGCUAUAACAACUGGGCCCCAGACCAAAUGGAUGAGCAGUGUGGCAUGGCUGGAGUCAUGAAGGGAGAUGGAAAGUGGUACAAAAAGGCUGACAGUGAAAAGUUUCAUUUCAUCUGUGCUAAGUAAACCCAUUGGUAUAUUUACUGCUACAAGCUCACUCUUCUCUAAUAUGUAUCUGCUCUCUGGGUUUAUUGAAUGGCUCUAGUUCAAAUAUAGAAAUCACAACCUGAAGAGGGGAGAAACUAAAUUACUAACAGAAUUAUUAUUAUUAAUUAAUGUUAUUAAUAAUUUAUUUUUACUAAUUGAGGAUUAGAAAUUGAGAAAAAUGGGCGACACUAAAUGUAACGUGUUUUUGUCUCUGUGAACAUCUGAAUUACUUUAUAUGUUUUUGUUGUAGUAGUUAUUCAUAUAGUGCGUGUAUAUUUAUCCUCUUAAAGUGUGAAACAUGUAAUCAUCAUUUGAAUUGUUGUUGUGUUAAAGCUCCCAUGUCAUGCUUUUCCGGUUAUUACCCGUCCCCUUGUGUGUUAU